AUGUAGUAUACAGCAAUCAGCAAUUGCAAAUUGAUAUCACCAUAAACAGAACACGAGAUAAACUCUAAGGGGUUUAAUAAUUCAAUUUCAGAAAUGAGUCCAAUGAAAGUAGAAACUUCUAACCCAGGUAUUUCAACAACUCAGCAGUUAGUCUCUCCUCAAAAGUAUAGUAGAACAACAAUGAGAAUUAAUUCAAUUCCACUCGAAUAAUUACAACCACCAGAUUUACCAGAAUCUGAAGAAAUAUUGUCAAUUGAUAAACAAAGAGAAAACUAAGCUGUACUGAUUAAAAAGAAAUCGCCAUUUGCUAAAUUGAUUACUAAUUGCCAUUCAUUAAAGUUUGCGAACAAAAUGAUUAGCUUUAUAAGGCCAGAUUGUAAAUUUUCUCAAAAAUAACAUGAAAUUUUAAACGAUUAAGCAAGUUCAUAUAUGCAAUAGAAAGGGAAGAUAAGUGGUAAUUUUCUACAACAAAAUAUCAAUACAAUAGAUUUAUAGAUAAGAAUUAAAAUAAGAACAUGGAAAAAUGGUGUAGUAAAUAAAUUGUCUGGAUGCUUUUCCCAAUUAUAUAAUUAUAUUCCAUUAAUAGAACCAAAUAAUAUUAUGAAAUUAAUUUGGGACUUUUUGCUUUGUCUGAUACGUAUUUAUCUGAUAAUCUGGUCACCUAUCAUAAUUUCAUUUCCAUUUUUGUAGAACGAUCAUGCAAAUUAUUUUAGAAUCAGUUGUGUAUUUCUUGCAUUCGAUUUGGUGAUAAGAAACUUUACUAUUUACUUUCAUAAAGGAUUACCGGUUAAAAAUCGGUACCAAUUAUUUAAAAAGCAACUCAAUAUUGGUUUGGCAAUAGAACUAGGGAGUAUUUUAUUUGGGAUACUAGUAUCUCUAGAUUAUUAAUUAAGCACAUGGUUUUUUAUGUUGUUUUAUUAUUAAUUGAGAAACAUAAUGAAAUUGGUGGAUAUUAUUCAGUAUAAUUUAAAACCUACUAAAAUGGUCAGUUCUGUAAUAGAUCUAUUUAAAUUGAUAGCUACAGUGUUAUUAAUAUAGCACUUCUGUGGUUGCUUAUGGUUAAAAUUAGGAUAGUAUUACGAUAGUCAAGGUUAAAUGAAUUGGAUGAUGGAUGUAAGAAAUGAAAGCUGGUAGGUACAAUUUCUUGAGUCUUUCUAUUUUAUGAGUGUAACCAUGUUUACUGUAGGCUAUGGAGAUAUCUCACCUACAAAUUCAUUGGAAAAGAUGUUUUGUAUUUGUUACAUGUUCCUAUCAACUUUGCAAUAUUCUUAUUCUGUCAACACAAUUGGUCUGAUACUUACUCAAAUGAAGGAGAAUAAUGAAAUGAUUAGAUAAAAGAUGACAUGCAUAAAUGAAUAUUUACAUUGUAAAAAAUUAAGCACAGAACUUUCUAUGAAGGUAAGAGAAUAUUUUAAUUUUUAUUGGAAUUAAGAAAUUAUUCAAAAAAAAAAUGAACAAAUAAGACUUAUCACAUUAUUGCCAGAGAAUCUACAAUAAAAAUUAAAGUUGGAAUCAGCUUCAUCUUUAAUUAUUAAAUGCCCAUAUUUUUCUCAAUUUCCUAAACCUGCUUUAGAAUGUUUACUCUAAAGUACAGAGUUUAAUGUCUUUUAGCCUGGAGUUCACAUAAAUGCAUAAGAGUAUAUUUAUAUAAUAGAAAAUGGAAAGGUUGAAGUAUUGCAAGAUAAGAUUGUAAUUGACACACUAAAAGAGAAUUAAUUUUUUGGUUUGCAAGAACUCUUUACCGCAAGCGAUAACAUAAACUAUAAAUCUGCUGAUUUCUCUAGUCUAUUAAUGAUACCUCGUUCUGAAGUUCUAAAAGUGACCAACAAAUUCCAAUUGCAAAUCAUACCAGAAAAAUUUUGUUAUAUUUGUCACGAUAAAAGACAUUUUACUAAUCAAUGUAAUGUUGUUCAUUAUAUACCUGAUAUGGAGAAAGUCAUUAUGAGAUAUAACUUUCACAAUAUUCAGGAAAGAAGCAAAUUGAAACAAAUAAAAAAAAGUAAAGCUAGAUUUUCUGCAUUAAAUGAGUAAAUUUUAAUAUCGGAUAGUGCUAAAAUAUAUCAAUUAGAAAAUGAUAUAGUCCCUGAAAAUGAAAUUCAAGAACAAUAAAGUUAAGGGUUAAGUAUCCAUUAAAAUGGGCAUCCUAAAGUUAACGUUGUUACUUUUGAAGAUUAGCAUGCAUAAUUAAAUCCUCCAGAAUGGCUGGUUGAGACCUCGUUUCAUCCUGCAAAAUUUAUGCAAAGAACAGGCCUAUUAUAACAAACUUAGAUUUUAGAUAGCUUUAAAAAUAAAAGAGAAAAAAAGUUAUUAUUAUCAGGGGCAUCCAAUAAGUAAAGUGAUCAAACAGUUCUUUCUGACAAACCAGGAGAUUGCUAAGAAGCCUUAAAUAAAUUAUAAUCUAUCUUACCUAAAUUGUCACCUAGGGAAUAUGAGAAGUGUUUCUUUCUGAUUAAGAAGCUUGAAGGAGAUUUAGGCUAAACUUAAAUAUCAGGAUUUGAAUAGCUUAAGGAAUUUGAUAAAUUUGAUAGGGAAUGGAAUAUUGAUAGAGUUAUCACUAAAUUGAUGAGGCCUAUAAGAAAAAAUAACGCAGAAAUAUUAAAUUAGUUAAUAAAAAAAUAUUCAAAAUACUUAUUAUUUCCAUUUGAGUAUAUAAGGCUAUUUAGAAAUUCCUUAAUUGAAGAAGAAGAUGUCAAACAAAAUAAGUCAUAUUUGGAAUAGGUUAGACAUAGUGUAAAACACUUUCUAAAAAAGAAGGCAACGACAGUAUUCCCAAUUAGAUGA